AGUAAACUUGCUACGUUGCGCUAAACCAAAGUCGGCUACCGUACACUUCUUUUUAUGAACUUUCAUGUGGUAAAAUUCGGCAAUUAUCGAUAUUUUCGUAGAUGGUUUGUCUUCAGUAACACUUACCGUUACGCAAUAUCAGUUUCUUAAAACAAUAAUGAAGUUAUACUCCUAAACGAAACUUUAAAUCCGAAGAAUAACACAAUCGCAACCGGGGUUUUUACUUCCCUAGACCCAAGUUGGAGGAUGGCGGCGACGGAGUCUAGCUUAAGCCCGGUGUUGGAGUCAGUGGUGCCGGCGUGUAUGUUCGCACCGGACGCAGGCAACGCAGAAGACCAGGCCGGCGCUGAGAGCAGCGAAACCGGCGACGACAAGAACGGAGACGCCGGGGAUCAUCUGCACCUCAGCAGCAAGUUGGCACUGGUCAGCCCGACAGGAGAGCAGUAUGACUUUUUACUCAAACAGUUGCGGGACAGAAUGGAUGAAGGCUGUGGAGAGACCAUCUAUGUGGUUGGGAUGGGGACAGACGGCGGUGAUUACGGUCUGGAUGAGAGGGAUAUGGACGCGUCUGUCGCCACCGUGCAGUCGCUUUGCGAACAGGUUGACGCUGAUCUGAUUCUGCUGAGAGAGAGAACGGAGACGGCGGGACGCAUACGCGAUUACCUCAUACGCCGGCGGGUGGGAGAGGCCGACUUUCUGGAAGUCAGGGUGGCAGUUGUAGGCAACGUAGACGCCGGUAAAAGCACGCUGCUUGGUGUCCUCACCCACGGGGAACUCGACAAUGGUCGCGGGUUCGCCCGCCAAAAGCUCUUCCGCCACAAACACGAGAUGGAGAGCGGCCGCACCAGCAGCGUCGGCAACGACAUACUGGGUUUCGACCAAGACGGGCAGGUGGUCAACAAACCGGACAGCCACGGGGGAAGCCUCGACUGGACGAAGAUCUGCGAGAGGUCGUCCAAAGUCAUCACCUUCAUCGACCUGGCAGGGCACGAGAAAUACCUGAAGACCACCGUGUUCGGCAUGACGGGGCACUUGCCGGAUUUUUGCAUGUUAAUGGUGGGCAGUAACGCAGGAAUCGUUGGCAUGACCAAAGAGCACCUCGGUCUGGCUCUGGCCCUCAACGUUCCUGUCUUCGUAGUCGUCACAAAAAUAGACAUGUGUCCUGCUAACAUUUUGCAAGAGACGCUGAAGUUAUUACAGAGGUUGCUGAAGUCUCCGGGAUGCAGAAAAAUUCCAGUUUUGGUACAAAAUAAAGAUGAUGUCAUUGUCACGGCCUCAAACUUUAGCUCGGAGAGGGUGUGUCCAAUUUUCCAAAUUUCGAACGUGACAGGUGAAAACAUGGAUUUGUUGAAGAUGUUCUUGAACCUGCUCUCCUCCAGAUUGACAUUUAAGGACGACGAACCACCAGAGUUUCAGAUCGAUGACACGUAUUCAGUGCCGGGAGUUGGCACGGUAGUGUCAGGAACUACUUUACGCGGACUAAUACGCCUUAAUGACACGCUGCUCCUCGGCCCUGAUCCUUUGGGUGCCUUUAUUCCCAUAACCGUCAAAUCCAUCCACCGCAAGCGCAUGGUUGUGAAAGAAGUCAGAGGCGGACAGACCGCAUCCUUUGCACUGAAGAAGAUCAAGCGGUCGUAUAUCAGGAAGGGAAUGGUGAUGGUGUCGCCCCGUCUCAACCCGCAGGCGUGCUGGGAGUUCGAGGCAGAGAUUUUGGUACUACAUCACCCGACUACGAUAGCGCCGAGAUACCAGGCCAUGGUUCACUGUGGUAGCAUCAGACAAACCGCCACUAUCAUCGGGAUGAAUAAAACCUGUUUACGAACCGGGGACAAAGCCACUGUAAACUUUCGUUUCAUCAAGACGCCCGAGUACCUACACAUGGACCACAGACUCGUCUUCAGAGAGGGAAGAACCAAAGCCGUGGGUACCAUCACUAAGCUGCUUCAAACCAAGCCUCAGGCCAAGAUGCAGUCUACCAAGAAAACCUCAUCACAGGUUGAAGGAGCCAGCGAAGAAACCUCACACGUGGAUACAAGCUUACCAACCGGACAACAGUUCAAAUCGGGUGGAAGUGGCAGGAGGCGAGGUGGUCAGCGACACAAAGGCAAAGCACCUCUGAGCAGCAGCCCCGGGAUGACAUCUGGAUUGGGAAGCAACUAAGCUAAACUUUAUCAUAAGUGAACACCAGAGGGCAGUAAAGACUUACUUUGUUUUUACCCACCACAAGUUCCUUUUUUCAUUUCCCCUACCAUAAACGAAGCCUGGACCGAGCCAUCCCUCGCUCACUAAUUACAAACGUUCAUCUCCGCUGACACAAUCGUGCCAAAAAUCCAGAUUGACAAGCUCCCUCACGGUAAAGCCCAUCCACCCUCUUUUAUCGCCCUUUUUAAACCCAUACGCACUAGCAUCUUAACAUGCGGCAAUAAAUACCCUUAAACCCAAA